ACCUUUAUCAAGCACGUGACGCAAGCAGGCCGAGCGUUGCAGCAGGAGGAGGUGUGUUUCCAGCUCCGGUCAGACUCCAGCCAGGCUUUGAACCAGCAACAUGGCACUCAGACUGGACGGCAAUAUCCUGGUGACUGGAGCCAACCGAGGCAUCGGUCUGGAGCUGGUCAAGCAGCUGGCCGAGAAGACGGGGAAGGGGGCGCACGUCUACGCCGCCUGCAGGGACCCCCAGGGCGACAGAAGCCAGGUGCUGAGGAACCUCAUCACUCUCCACCCAGGAAAGAUUACUGUGAUCCAACUAGACAUGGCACAUGAGGACAGUAUCUCAGCUGCUGUUGAAGUUCUGAGACAGAAAACUGGUGCCGGUGGGCUGAAGGUCCUGAUCAACAAUGCAGCAAUCAACAAGCCGGACCCACCAGCACCGCUGAGCGUCACUGGGAAGAAGGACAUGAUGGAGGUGUAUGAAACCAAUGUUGCUGGACCAUUUAUCCUUACAAAGAUGCUUCUUCCACUCCUCCAGAGAGCAGCCAAGACUCCCUCUGCUGACAAGGACCACGGUGAUGAAUUGUCCUGCAGGAGGUCAGCUGUCAUCAAUGUGUCCACCAUCUUCUCAUCUGUGGAGAAGUGUCCAGAGACCUUUACAUUGGCCCAGGUGUACCCUUACAGGACCAGUAAGGCGGCGCUGAACAUGUUGACUCGCUGUCAAGCUGAAGACUUCAAGGCUGAUGGGAUUCUGGUGGCAGCCAUCCACCCUGGCUGGGUCCAGACCGACAUGGGGGGAGACCAGGCUCCUCUGUCCACCCAGGACAGUGUCCUCGGUAUGCUGAAUGUGAUGUCUACACUCAGCAGCAAAGACACAGGGAUGCUCCUGGACUGGGAGGGCAGCAGGAUCCCCUGGUAGCAGCCGCCGCGAAGAACACGCAGAGCAAACUGACAAGCCAUUUCCACACCCCCCCGGAGGAGGAGUCUGUCCCCAGAUCUGUCCCUCUUGUACAUCUUCCUGUGUAACACAUCUGUCUGUGUAACACAUCUGCAUGUGUAAAACAUCUGUCUGUGUAACGCAUCUGCACGUGUAACGCAUCUGCAUGUGUAAAACAUCUGUCUGUGUAACGCAUCUGUCUGUGUAACGCAUCUGCACGUGUAACACAUCUGCACGUGUAACACAUCUGCACGUGUAACACAUCUGCACGUGUAACACAUCUGCACGUGUAAAACAUCUUUACAAGGUCACUGAUACGUUCUGUCACUGGCUUUUAGACUAUUUCCUGACGACAGUCUGGAUCACAUUCGUCUUUCCACCAGCCCCCCUCUACUUCCUCUUAUUCUUUUUUGCAUUUUCAAAAGGGGAAUAAAGGCAUCAAAAACUCACAAA